AUGAUCAUUUGGUGGCUUUACGAGGUGCUGCUGCUGCUGCUGCUGCUGCCGUUGCUGUCGCUGCUGCCUGUUGCGGUGAGGCUUGUAGAGACGAUAGGUCUCCUCAAUGGAUUGGGCACCAAUGUCGUCAACGAGCAGCUACAGGUCGAGACGCCACCUCAACAAUCUGCCAGCAGCAUCAACACAGAAUAUACCGUAAUAAUAUCAACCCUGCUUUUCAGCGGGGGAUUCCCGUACGGAAGCGCCCCCCUGUUUCAGAGCAUGCACAAAAACAAGGUAAAACAACGACUGUUUGUGCUCCUCCCCGCUUCAAGACACCGGAUGGGAACCGAGCCGAAACUGAAAGAGAAAAAAAUAGAUCCUCCGCAGUCUGUGAUGAACACCAUCAGCGCACGGGGCAAAACGCCCGAGAGCCCGGAUUCUGGCUGCGAGUUGUGUGUUAGUCGCAAGUCAUACGUGGCGCGGCAGCAGCCGGACCCGAGACAUUGCGAAGAUAGUAGUGCCCGAAGCUUUUCGGACUCUCUCGAUCUUACUACACGAUACCACUAUAAAUCCCGAAAUCUUUCGGACGCCCAUGUCUUAGGAGGUCGGCGGAAUAAGGUAGGAGAGAAUAGUAGAACCCCGAAGAUUUCCGGCCGCAUAUGUCUUGUGAAGUCGGCCAUCAGCAGUGACAAGAGCUUGACCUCUACGCUCUUGUCGAGUACGAGAGAUAUCGGGCGGAAACACAUACAGCGCAUCAAAUACAAUGUCCCGGCCUCCAAGAACGAUGAUGCUGCUCAAUGA